AGAAACUUCACACAUUUCGAGACAUGUCCACUCCAUAACCACACCGAUUAAAAACCAUACAUGCCAUAACCUUUAGGAAUACUCUUGGUAAAAUAAACAAAGCCCCAAGAUGCCGGCGGACAUAGUGACCACGGAGCAGCUGCGCUACCAGCUGGCCUUCAUCCACGCGAUGGACCGGACUGGGCGGCACUGGGAGGAGACCUUCUCGUGGUAUCCGCGGAUGCAGUGCUGCCACUACCAGCGCAUCGACCAGAUCUACCUGGAGAGCCGCCAGCGGCACGGGGACGGUCACUUCCUGAAGUACGCCAACCGGAGGCGCCUGCUCAAGAAGUUCCUGGUGACCGCGCAGGAUGUGCAGGAGGGCUUGGAGGAGCGCAGGACUCUGGAGGGCGAUGGCAUCCUGGGCAUCAAGGUGGCGGCCACCGAGAACGGGGAGUACGGUCGCCUGAAGCCAGGCAGGUUGUACUUCUGCUAGGCUGGAGGCUAUCCCCUCGAUCCUCGCCAGAACCGCGCUCACAAUUAAACUAUCAUCGUCCGCUGACAAUGCAACUCUCAAUGGCCGUCACUCAUUACGCGAUUUUUGCAUGACCGUGCGCAUAAUUAACAAGGUGAAAAUGUCAGUCAGGCCGGGAGUCCCCACUGUACGGGGCACCCUGCCUACUUUUGACGCGGCUGAAAAGUUCGCACAGGUAAUUAAGUGAUCGCGUCUGUCCACUCGAUGAGAUGACUCGCCUCGUUUGUUCGGAACUUGCAAACUGUGUUUUAUGGCGCCCAUAAAAAUGGGAAAUAUUCCGCGAGUGCAUGUUAUGGCACACUGUUUACUAUUUACACUUGCAUUUCAUUAUCGAUACGAUGCGGAUCUUGCUUUGAUUUGAUAAAUUCCCAAGCACUUGAAUAAAAUUUGAUACGAUGCGUGGAAAAC